GGUGUUGGCGGUGCUGGCGGUGCCGGCGCCAGAACCUUACGAGCGCCCUAGGGCUUCCAACAAAGCCGCCUGGUUUCCACUUCCUCCCGCCGGCCUCUCAGUCUCAACCUCGGGUGUGUUUUCCCCUGCUAGAGGUUCAUUUCUUUUUCUCUUCCUUCAUCUCUCCUUCCCUUUCUCCCCUCCAAGAAUGAAUCAUGACUGAGGACUCUCAGAGAAACUUCCGUUCUGUAUAUUAUGAGAAAGUGGGGUUUCGUGGAGUUGAAGAAAAGAAAUCAUUGGAAAUUCUCCUAAAAGAUGAUCGCCUGGAUAUUGAGAAGCUUUGUACUUUUAGCCAGAGGUUCCCUCUCCCGUCCAUGUACCGUGCAUUGGUAUGGAAGGUACUUCUAGGGAUCCUGCCUCCACACCACGAGUCCCAUGGCCAGGUGAUGAUGUAUCGCAAGGAUCAGUACUCUGAUAUCCUUCAUGCUCUAAAAGUCACUCGCUUCGUCAGUGAUACCAUGCCUCAGGUUGAAGUGUAUCUCCGCAUGUACCAGCUGGAGUCUGGGAAGCUGCCUCGAAGUCCUUCUUUUCCACGGCAGCCUGAGGAUGAAGUAUUUCUUGCCAUUGCUAAAGCCAUGGAAGAGAUGGUGGAAGAUAAUGUUGACUGUUACUGGAUCAUCCGAUGCUUUGUGAACCAGUUAAAUAACAAAUACCGGGAUUCAUUACCCCAUCUGCCCAAAGCUUUUGAACAGUACUUGAGUCUGGAAGAUGGCAGGCUGCUGAGUCAUCUGAAGACAUGUUCUGCAGUGUCCAGACUUCCUUAUGACCUUUGGUUCCACAGAUGUUUUGCAGGAUGCCUUCCUGAAUCCAGUUUACAGAGGGUUUGGGAUAAAGUUGUAAGUGGAUCCUGUAAGAUUUUAGUUUUUGUAGCUGUGGAAAUUUUACUAACCUUUAAAAUAAAAGUCAUGGCACUGAACAGUGCAGAGAAGAUAACCAAGUUCCUGGAAAAUAUUCCUCAGGAUAGCUCAGAUGCGAUCGUGAGCAAAGCCAUUGACUUGUGGCACAAACACUGUGGGACCCCAGUUCAUUCAGUCUGAACCCUCCUGACCACUGCAGAGUCUACCAGUCUGCCCUGAAUGGUUUUGUUCUGUCACCUGUCUACUAAACUGAUUGGAAGUUGUCUUGCUGUGGUGCUCAAUGUGCAGUUUUUCUCAGUAAAAUAAUUUAAUUCAAA